AUGUCUGACAACGACCCGCAACCAUCCCCCGGUCCCCACGACGACUCGGGCCCGAACGCCUCAGCUCUCUCAGCUGGCAACGGCGUCCCGAACGCGCAAUCCGGUCUCAACUCUGCCGGUAACGACAAUCGCGGCAUCAAGCGAUCCCGACCGAAUCAAGAUGACGACGAUGAUGAUGAGGAUUCAAAGCCUGGUCGCGAACGUCGCAAAAUUGAGAUUAAGUUUAUCCAGGACAAGUCGCGCAGACACAUUACUUUCUCUAAACGAAAGGCUGGUAUUAUGAAGAAGGCAUAUGAAUUGUCUGUUUUGACAGGAACCCAAGUUCUUUUGCUCGUUGUCUCCGAGACCGGAUUGGUCUAUACUUUUACUACUCCAAAGCUACAGCCAUUAGUUACCAAGGCUGAAGGCAAAAAUCUCAUUCAGGCCUGUCUUAAUGCUCCCGAGCCCCAUACUGCAGACAAUGGCGUUCCCGAGGCCGACUCUGUUGAAUCUCCUGAGGAACCCCAACACGCUCCUUUACCCCAACAGCCACGCGCUGUCCCAAUGCCCGUAGGCCCCGGAGUACCCGGAGGCCCAUACAUGCAGAUGCCAGACAAUGCCCAUGCUCAGGCCCAAGCCUAUCAGCAGUACAUGCAACAGCAGGCUGCUAUCCAACAAACCCAAGCCCAGCGUGCGGGAUACAUGCCACAGCAACACGCUCAGAUGCAGCAACCCCACCCUACACAGUCAUCGUGA